AUGGCACUGGGCGUGGGCGCCUUUAUGGUCGACGCUUGGACAACAAUGGCGUCGGCAACCAGUGCCUUGGGCUCCCCAUCAAGCGUCACGAGCAACAUCCCCCCAGUCCUAGUUGGCUGUGCUGUCUCUCCGCGUGGCCAAUUGCGUGCAUUUCAAGGGGCUAGCAUUGCAGAAACAGGGCUUGUGAGGAACGGGGGGCUCCAACCUCAGCCAAUUCGGCUGAAUCUCAUUGCCAAAUUGAGAAUUGAAUGGCAGCGGCAGCCCCUCUCCGCAAGAUGGGGAUCCUGGGCGUCCCCAAAUGCUCCCGUUUCACCUUUUGGCCCUUCUCCGAACAUAUUCGCCAUCAGCGCCAUUGUGAGAGAUCCCCCCGUGGACCAUGCUGGGCUGGUGUGGCAAAUCUGA